AUGCAUCCGUCUCCCCAGGCGACAUUUGCUUCUUCUUGUUUGCUACAGUUUCUCUUUGUUCUGGAGAGCAUGAUGUCUUACAUGAAGAAGCUGAGAUUUCUCACGAAGGCGAAGACGGCCAAGGGGAUCGGGAAUGGGCGGCGAACUUCUUCGACGGACCCGAGGAAGGUUCAGAAUUCGCAGCUCCGAGAAGGUCAGGUUGACAUCGGAGAGAUCAAGGCCGCUGGCAACGUCAUCCAGCGGCUUUGCAUGACGCAGCAAAGGACGAUGAUGUUCUGCACCGAAGUUGUCAUCAAGGCUCAGCCUGCCAAGAGCGUGAUCAAGGCGCUUUGCCGGUUUCAAGCCACAUCUAGGCAUCGCUGA